UCUUGAGAAGUUGCAGACGCACAUGUCGGCCGCCCCUGGCUGCCCCUUAGGCUGGAUUAUUAAAUAUUUUGAAUGAUAUUUCGUGAUUCCUUUUUUUUUUUUGUUUAGCCGUGUAACAUGUGAAUUCUGAGAUUUCACUGUUUGUCUAGCCUACAUGUUGGUUUUGACAGCUCCACUGUGCUUCUUGACUUGUCUGUGGCUCCAGAGUGCGCCUUUAGCUGUACUUCACACAGGCUAUUCACAUUUUAUUUGCUGACCAGUAGUUGUUGUUUUUUUGUUUUGUUUUUUGUUUUUUAAAGUACAUUUUCUCAGCUGCUGUACAUUCACAGUGACUCGGAGAUUUACCAGAGUUUAGUGACCCGACGCUCACUCGGGCUAAAGGUUUUCUUGCUCGGUGUAUUGAAUAUUAUUUGCUCAGGCUAUUGGUCAAGUUGUGGCUGCUGUCAGUGUUGUGUAAAGUCGAGCAACAGGACCAGCCUGUCUUGUCACAUCGCCGUGCGCAUUUCUUUUUCUAGUCUUGGCUGUAACAAACAUCUCACCUCACUCAGUGUUUUCACUGCGGAGCCGACGACUGUUAUUAUUAGUAUUUUUACUAUUAUUGUUGUUGUUAUUAUUAUUAUUGUUGUUGUUGUUGCUGCUGUUGUAUUUAAACAUUUGGGAGCAAUAAUCCUCAUUCCCAGUAGCAAAACUGUGGCAUUUUUUACCCAGACGUGUAGCCUGAUGCUACUUCUAAACUUGAACAGACUUGUUUCGGCCUGUUCCUUGGCAUAUAAAUUAACCAGCUUCCAGAAAAAAAAGAGAGGAAAAAAAAAACAUUUGAAGUCAUAUCUUGCGAAAUCCGUCUUUUACAGUGAAAUGAUUGAGGUGUUGGCAAUAAGUUGUCGGGCUACUUUGCUGCGUAGGAGUGGAUGGUAACGGGGUAAAUAAGAUGUGUUCUACUUAUAUGGUGGAACAGGAAACCUCUUAGUGUACUGGCAACCUAAUCUGUGCAGCCAGGACGGAAUGUGCUCACUGCCAAACACGUUUACAACCAACAGGACUUAGCCCACUGGAGCUGAGUUUGAUCGACUGUAGUCUGUGUAAAACCCAGCCAAACGGAUUUGCAAAUACAGUGUUAAUCAGACAUCACAUUUUUCUCAUGUCAGCAGUGUGGAAUUUCCAUGUACUUGCAUGUAUUUUGCAAUUAAACGCACCAUGUCUGGACUGAGUGGGCUGUAGAAGUUUUGAAGCGAGGGGGAGAGAGAGAGAGAGAGAGAGAGAGAGAAAAGUUAGAAUAAAGGUUGUUACGUAAUGCCUGUUUUCACUCACACAGCGUAUCCCUGUUCCAUAGUAACUUAAUGGAUAAACAGUAUUGAUGAUAUGUAAUUACGUCGUAGUAGAGGCCCUGUAAUAAGUGAAAAAAAAAAAAAAAAAAAUGGCUGAAGUUGUUUAGUGGUUUAAUGGCGCCGCCUAUUGAUGGAACAAACUCAAAGCACAUGCCAAGUUCAGAGACUGUGACAGCAUGGCCACUACUGCAGAUGGCUGCAUACAGUUCACACGCCACGCGGGCGACGUCCUGCUCAACUUCAACCGCCUCCGCAGUCGGGACAUCCUGACCGAUGUCACCAUCCGGGUGGACGGACAGCGUUUUCGUGCUCACAAGACAAUCCUGGUGGCCUGCAGUGGCUUCUUUUACUCCAUGUUCAUGGACCCUGACAAUACAAACCUUAGUGCCAUCAGCUUGGACCCCAAAGUGGACGCCAAGGGAUUCUCCAUCCUGCUGGACUUCAUGUACACCUCCCGUCUGAACCUUAAGGACAGUCUUGUCCUGGCCACCAUGAACACAGCCCUCUACCUCCAGAUGGAACAUGUGGUAGACACCUGCCACAGGUUCAUCAAGUCUAGGCAUCAGUCUCUGAAUGUGCAGACUGAAGAGGUAAAGAACAACUCGGUUCUGUCUGAGGAAAUCCCUGCUGUGAGGCCCGAAGAUGAAAAAGAGCCAAACUUCAGACCUAGCCACACAUCGUCAUCCUCUCUCCAGGAUUGCCGGGGUUAUCCCCCCAGUGUUUUCAGCGGCAUCAACACGUCAGGCUCCUACCACGUCUACGGACACCUCCACAUCCCCGUUGGAAAGCUUGAUGAUGCUCAUACGAUGGCUGCCCUUCCUAGAGGUGGUGAUUUAUCUCAGAAACUCUGCACUCAGGGAACCAGCACCAACCUGGCUCACACCGAGUCCACCAACGUCAUGCACCACCCUGUGCCAUCCCACCCCAACUUCCUCAACGCAAUUAUCCGACCUCUGCCUAGCUCCGCCUGCCAAACUGGAGCCCACGGGAGCCUUCAACGGCCUGCCUCUCCGAUGGAGGAAGACAGUGUUCAGCACCCACAAACUAGUUGCCUGGGUUUGUCCCCUAACUUCAGUAAAGGCGUCAUCUGCAGCCCUCAAAGUCCCCUCAGAUCCGACUGCCAGCCCAACUCCCCCACUGAGUCCAGCAGCAGCAGAAAUGCCACCCUGAGCCUCAAACAGCCCUCCGGCUGCCCGGAGGAAGCCAAGGCUCGCAACUGGAAGAAGUACAAGUUCAUUGUGAUGAACCAGACUCCUGAUGAGAGUGAGAAGGAGGCUCAGGGAGGCAGUGCUGAAGCUGGAGCCUUGUCCCAGGCAUCAAGCCCCUGCAAGACUGGAGGGUCAGGGGGACACAGCGAGGUGCAGCCGGGCGAGGGGGACAGCGAGCAGAGAGAAGAAAUGCCAACGUCUCAGACUGCUCACCAAACCAGCAGCAGCCACCUCAGAUGCUCCUCCUGUGGUUGUGACAGCCCUCAGUGUCUGGAGAUGGGCUCGCUCUCUCCUGGCUCAUACAGCGGAGAGGACACCCCCAAACUACAGUCAGAGUUCACCUCCUCCAGCUGUGAAAACAACACCUACUUCUGCAACGGGUGCGACACAAAAUUCACAGAGGAAGACUCCCUGAAAGACCACAUGCUCCAGGUCCACAGUGACAAGCCAUACAAGUGCGACUGCUGUCAGGCUGCCUUCCGCUACAAAGGAAACCUGGCCAGCCACAAGACUGUUCACACUGGGGCGAAGCCGUACCAUUGCAACAUUUGUGGUGCUCAGUUCAACCGACCAGCCAACCUCAAGACCCACACACGCAUCCACUCAGGAGAGAAGCCGUACAAGUGUGAGACGUGUGGUUCCCGGUUUGUCCAGGUAGCCCACCUUCGUGCCCAUGUGCUGAUUCACACGGGGGAGAAGCCGUAUCCCUGUGAGAUCUGCGGAACACACUUCCGCCACCUUCAGACGCUCAAGAGCCACAUGCGCAUUCACACCGGGGAGAAGCCGUAUCAUUGUGAAAAAUGUGACCUACACUUCAGACACAAGAGUCAGCUGAGGCUUCACCUCCGACAGAAGCACGGUGCCGUCACCAACACCAAGGCUCAGUACCGCAGGACUCCCACCAACCUGAUUGUUGGCCUGGCCAAGUCCUGCUGAGCCCGGCUGGUGCUGUCCAAGUGCAUAUCAUUUGUGUUUUUUUUUUCUUUUGCAUCUGCCACCAUGUUGUCAAAAGAUUUUUUAAAAAAAAGUUUUCUAAAUACAAACACAGAAACAUAUGAAUAUCAUAUAUAUUUGUCAUUUAUGCAUUUGUAAGUGAUGCACAUUACUAUGUAUAGGUUCUUUGGUAUUUCAAAGGCUGUAGAAGUUUAUGCUUUCAUUGUAAAUGUCUAACUGUAGAAUGUACAUUUUGAAUGUGAACUUGAGCAGGUUUUCUGUAUUUUGCAUUUACUUAACAGAAUGUCAGCAUGGAAGGGCAGCGUUUCUCAUCCAAACUGAGAGGCACUGUUACAAUCCUGUUGUAGAUAUGGGUAUAUGGAUUUGCCUAAUACUGAGGUACCGUUUUUAGUUAGAUUGUGAGGAAGAUAAUAUAUAUUUACAGAUUGCCAUCUGCUGGCAGAGUAUGAUUGUAUUUACACAAAGGUAGUUUCUUUAUCCGUAGUGCAGUUGGCUUCACUAACUGUCAGUAAGCAAGGGCUUGUUCUUUUUUGUCAUCGCAUACUUUGUGGUGUGUUUUGUUAUAUGUACAGAUUUUCACGAUUUUAUUUGUUAUUUACUUUUUUCUGUCAUAGUUCUACUGCUGUUAUUUUGCACACACUCAUUAUGCUGUAACUUGUGCAGCAUAUUUUCAUUCUUUUCAUUCAUGCAUUUCUACCUAAAAUGUUCUGUCCUCUAGGAAUUUUUGGUUAUGCUUAAUAUCCCCAUACUUGCUUAUUCUUAUUUAUAUUCUACUUUUUCUUUGCUGUAUCCUUACCAUUUUGCUGCUGCAAUGACCUAGUUUCCCCACAUCAUUAACGUUUUGUCUUAUUCUACCAAACUUUAUCUAAUCUUAUGUAUAAUAGUGCACUUGUACAUACCAGGUUUAUUCACUGUGCCUUACACUGAGAUUUUUUUCCAGUGGCUUCCUUCCCAGACUUAAGUAUUAAUGCAUUGUAAUUUUAACAGCAUGAAACCCCGAUACUUGUGAAUUGCUCUUAUAAAGUGUCAUGCUUUUCCCUGUUUAGUUCAUUGCCAUUUUUGUCAUGUGAAUGCAUGUCAGGUGCUGUCUUUUUUUUUUU